CUUUCAUCAGUAUCUCCACAAGAACCUAAUAUCGUCAGGGAUGCGGGGGAAAGCUGACUUUAGAACUGCAGCAACCUUAUAGGAUCGAGUGCGCUUGAAGUGGAAAUCGAAGUGAGCUGUCCAGGGUCCUGAAAACAAGCCGAGCCAUGGGUAUACAACACUUUCUGCUGCUUCUCAUUUAUUUGGAUCCCCUGAACGUGCUUUGUACCUUGACGGCCAAACGAGUCAAACCUGCACCCAAAAGGACGCAGAAGCCGAAAGAACUGAACAACACCACCACCGUCGUACCUUCAGCGUCCACGCAGCGGAUCACGCAGGUCCGCCCGUCGCACACCCACGAGACCUGCCUGGGUUACUUCGACGUGAGCGGACAGUUCGAUAAGGAGUUCGAGUGCAAUAACACCGACCACCGCUACUGCUGCGGAUCGUGUUACUUGCGCUUCUGUUGCCAAUUUAAAGGCAACCGGUUAGAUCAGAAAACGUGCAAGAAUUACCAAAAACCGGACUGGGUGAAAACUGUGCCCCCAUCUCCGAUUCCAACAGGUGAUACUUAUGAUCCGAGUAUGGACCAAACGAACAUGGCGGUGUACAUUACCUGUGGUGUGAUUGCUUUCAUUAUAGUUGUUGGGGUUUCAACAAAAGUCGCAUAUGACAAAGCAACCCAACCGCCUCAGGAAAUGAACAUUCACAGAGCCCUAGCAGAUAUACUUAGACAACAAGGACCAAUUCCUAUAUCACAGUAUGGCUGUGAGAACUUUGCGGCGAUGAACAACUCACCCAAAGGCAAUACGCCACAGCGAACAGGAUCCAAAAACCACUACACCCCUGUUCACGGCUCAAAGUCAAAUCACGGAGGGCAUUAUUCAAAGGAGAGCACUCGAGCGGGUGGCCAUGACCUUCACAACUUCAUAUCUUCUGGAUUUGUGACGCUUGGCAGAAGCCAUGUGAAAGGGGAAAAACAAUGUCCGGUGCGGUCUCAGAGUCACCAUGGAGCCCAUCAACAGAACUUCAACCAUUUUGCUAGCCCAACUCGAACACCUAAAAAUGCUCACAGGUCUCUAAGGCAUGAGAGCACCCGGAUGAACAGCAUCCUCACAUCACAGACCGAGCCGUACGAUCUGUCCUUCUCUCGAUCCUUCCAGAGUCUCUCCCACCUCCCCCCUUCAUAUGAAUCUGCCGUGAAAGCUGACCUCAACAAAUACUCCUCGCUCAAGAGACUAACAGAUAAAGACAUGGAUGACUACUACAGCAGAAAGAGGCAUAUUCCAGACCUUGCAGCUCGAGGAACCCUUCCCUUGCACAUGAUAAAGAUGAACCAAGAGUCCCAGAGCAGUCAGCAGGUCCAGCAACCGCAGCAACAACCUCCCCGCCAACAUCCUCGCAGAGUUCAGAGAGCCAUGUCCCAGGACCGCGUGCUGUCCCCUGAGCGCAGCCAUGUACAGGACUACGCCAUGUCCUCCUACGGCAUGUCCCCUUAUGGGGGACGCAUCCUCUCUGACGAGCAGCUCCUAUCUGCCGAGCGCCUACGCUCCCACGAACGGCUUGGCUCCCAAGACCGCCUCCACGCGCAAGACCGCCACUAUUCCCAGGACCGCAUCCACACGCAGGACCGCUUGAUGUCACAGGAACGCCACCAUUCUCAGGAACGCAUCCAUUCCCAAGACCGCCUCUACUCGCAAGACCGCCUGCACUCCCAGGAUCCGCUCAUCUCUCCCGACAAGAUGAUGUCGAUCAAGCGCUCUGGCUUCUGCAGUGAAAAGUCCAUGUCCAGAGCCAUAUCCCAAACGGACGUGUUCAUGCCUACCACGCCCAUCCUGGAUCGGUACAAGAUGACAAAAAUGCACUCCCAUCCCAGUGCCUCAAACAGCAUCACACAGAAUACUUUAACCAUGAACCAGACGGCUUCCAAGAGGCAGGCUUUUGCCUCGCGUCGAACGCAGACGGUGGAGCAGCUCCACUAUGUUCCACAGCAACAUCAUCAUCAUUACCGUACAGGGAGCAAGACCGAAGUAACUGUUUAACUAAUCAGAAGCCUCCAAGAAAAAUUUAACCAUAAACCCAAGCUGCAACAGCAGUGUAAAGAGCUGUCUCAGAUACAAUCCUUUUCUGCAGCUCUUCAGAAACUGACCCAGCACCAGCUACUCUAUUGUAACUAAAGAGUCAAUUCUGUGUGCAUACCAAUUCAUUUAUAUGUGUUUGUAGAUCACAAAAAGUAUGGACACAUAGGGAACACUUGUCAGAUUCUGCAUUCAUAAGGGCUUUGCAUGGUGACUCACAAAGACAGACAAACGACAGUCAGAAGAAGUGAAAGAACAGUAUGGACAUGGAACAGAACUGUAUAAAUUUAUAUACAUAUAUAAAUACAAAUACUGUUUGUACUUCCAGUCCUAGUCAAUAGCUUUAGAAGUUCUUCUAAUGUUCACACUUCUAUUGAUGCCUCUACAAAAUUUUUCCAUUUCAAUAAUGAAGUGGUUUUGUGGGUUAAAAAGCACAAUCAAGUGACAGUUGGAUUUCGUUUCGUUCAUUUGUUUGGUUAUUGAUGGCUAGCACAUAUUGGUUUGUUUUUAAAUAAAUGGCCAAUUAUUUUGCAUAGAUGAUUGUAAAUAAACUCUUUAGCCACAGUAAAUUGACAAGUCUGUUCUGGUCAGCAUUUUUAUUAUUGUAGUUUGGUUUUUAGCAAUUCAAUAGUUAGGAUUUAUAGUUGACCCAAUAAACCAGUGUUGGACCAUUUAAAUUAAUAUGAUACUGUGUGUGUG